AUGGGAGCAGAAGGAGAUUCGAGCAGCUCGACGAAACCCGCCGGAGGUGAGGCAGGCGGUGAUCAGCAGCCCCAGCAAGGUGGGGAGGAUUUGGUUGUGGUCAAUGUCAGGUGCUCAAACGGCACCAAAUUCACGGUGAGGACGAGUCUUGAGUCGACUGUGCAGGCGUUUAAGCUGCUUUUGGCGCAGAAUUGCGAUGUGGCUGCUGAGCAGCAGAGGUUGAUUUACAAGGGUCGUAUACUCAAGGACGACCAAACCCUUGUUAGCUAUGGUCUGCAGGCUGAUCACACAGUCCAUAUGGUUCGCGGUUUCUCUCCAGCUUCAUCAACUCCUGCAUCUGGUGCUGCUCCCACAACUGCAGCUAAUCCCGCAAGCCAGAAUACUACACCAGGCGUUACAAGGGGUGUGGGCUCCAACGAAGGUGGGCCGUUUGGUGCUGCUGGGCUUGGUUCAUCUCUGUUUCCUGGACUCGGAUUGAAUAUGCUUGGUGGUGGAGGCGUUGGUGGAGGCGCUGGUGGAGCACCUAACUUGUUUGGAACUGGGCUCCCAGAGUUUGAGCAAGUACAGCAGCAGCUGACACAGAACCCGAACAUGAUGAGGGAAAUAAUGAACAUGCCUGCUAUCCAGAACCUGAUGAACAACCCCGAGUUGAUGAGAAGCUUGAUUAUGAGUAAUCCUCAAAUGCGUGAAAUCAUCGACAGGAACCCCGAGCUUGCACAUGUGCUGAACGACCCAAGCAUUCUCAGGCAGACCCUUGAAGCUGCUAGGAAUCCUGAACUCAUGCGAGAGAUGAUGAGAAAUACUGACCGAGCAAUGAGCAACAUCGAAGCUUCUCCCGAGGGAUUUAACAUGCUCAGGCGUAUGUAUGAAAAUGUCCAGGAACCAUUUCUCAAUGCAACCACGAUGGGUAGUACUAAUGCAGGGAAUAACCCGAAUGCAAACCCUUUCGCGGCACUUCUUGGAAACCAAGGUGGGACACAAGCCAGGGAUGCAUCAAAUAACUCUUCAACAACCGGUGCAGAGGGAACCCCUGGUUUAACUGUUCCAAAUACAAACCCACUGCCUAAUCCUUGGAACAGUAAUUCUGGUGGAAGCCAGACGACCACUACAACAAGGUCAAUUCCUGCUGCUGGGGAUGCCAGGGCAGCUGGUCUUGCUGGCCUGGGAGGGCUGGGUCUCCCGGGAAUGGAACAAAUGUUGGGGAAUAUGCCUGAUGCUACUAAUUUAAAUCAGUUCUUGCAGAAUCCAGCUGUUUCACAGAUGAUGCAAAACAUGCUUUCCAACCCUGAAUACAUGAACCAGAUGCUAUCCCUGCAGCAGUCACUUAUGUCUCAGAUGAACAGGCAGCAGUCAACCCAGGAAUCUCCACAGACGGGUACUACUCCAGGAAUGCCUAAUGCGGCUGGACUAGAGUUGUUGAUGAACAUGUUUGGUGGCCUUGGUGCUGGAGGCUUAUCUACUCCGAACCAACCAGAUGUGCCACCAGAAGAACUAUACGCGACCCAACUCACCCAGCUUCAGGAGAUGGGGUUCUUCGACACCCAGGAGAAUAUCAGGGCGUUGCGUGCUACAGCUGGUAACGUUCAUGCAGCAGUGGAACGGCUGUUGGGUGGGAACAACGGACCUUGA